GAUUGCACAACACAAACACGUCAUCAUCAAGGGCCCAUUUCUGUCGACAAAUGAUGACGAAACAGCUCAGCUGUAAACAUGGAGGAGAGAGAAGCACUGAAGAGACAGAUUGAACUUCUACAGAAUCUCAUCAACACACAUAAGAGCGUCCAUGGCGAUGUCCCAUUUUCAAGAGUUGAGCAGAGGCAACCGGAAUCUUCAACGCUGGCCAGAGGUAGAGGUCUCAGCUCAUCUGUCGACCAUCCGCACAGCUCCAGAGGGGCGUACAAUCCUCAGAGCCGGGGGAGCUGGAGGAAGACGUACUCGCUGAGAAACAAAACAGCUGGACAACCCUCGGCUUCUACUUCCUCUUCUGAUCAUCAGCCCAGCUCCACCAGUGGACAUCACAGCACCUCACUGCCCAGCCACAGCAGAGAGGAGCAGAGUGCCAGAGCCAGAGUUACUACUUCAUCAUCUGGGACCCAGCAGUACAGAGAAGAGGGACAUAUCAGCAUAAAUUCAGGGAUAAGUGGGGUCACAACACCAAAGAGGGACACAGUUACUCCAAGAGACACAGCUGUUUCUCUUGGAGUAACUGUGUCCCAGCAUGGCGAUGGAAAAGGAGGAUCAGACUCAACAGAUGUGAGAACGCAACAUCAAAAGCUUCACAGACAGACUCAAGAAUCCCAGCAGAGGCCUGAACACAGACGAGUAGUCCUGCCGCCGCCAGAGAAAAAAGUCAGUGUUUCUACAGAAGUGCCAUCUUCAGUCAAAGCCAACAUCUCAACUAGUUUACAUAAAAGCUCCCUGAAACCUUCAAGUAAAAACAUCACUGAGACUAAGCUGACCACUAUUACAGCAGUCCCAGCAGUGCUUACAACAGGUCACACCACUCUACCUCUUUCUUCUCUGUGUAAGAUAUCAAAACAGCCUUUGGUUAAACCCACACCUCACUCCAGCCACCGCCAAGCCAGUGCACCUUUGUUAAAGAAGUCCAAGUUCACUUGGGUUAAGAGUCAGAACUCGGAAGGAGCAGAGCCCAAAAAAGCUAGCUCUGUGUCUACAUCCACAGGAAAAGCUGUUACUGUUCCCCCAACCUUACUAUCAAAUGCUGGGGUUGGAGGUGGAAGCUCGCCGGUAACAUCAACCAGUAAAAGAACCCCUGCGAGGAAAUUACCCCGAAAGCUAAGCCCAGUCACCGUCGCCCCAAAGACCUCCAAGUACAGAUGGGUCUCCUCUUCUGCUGGAGCACAAGCUAAAAUCCCCAGAAAAUCACCUUCUCCCAAAGCCCUCGCUCUUUCCAGAGCACUAGAGAAGGGAGAGACCGCCAAGAAAGUUAGAGCACCCUCCACUCCUUCUUUUAAGUUAAAAAAGGGAGUCACAGGCUCCUCGUCUAACUCCUCAGCAAGUAGCCGCUACCGUUGGAAAGCAGGGGGUCAGAGUUCUCCUGCAGCAGUACCAGGAGGUGCAACGGUCGCCCGUCGCAAAUCGGCCUUCCACUGGACGUCAGACAAAAGUUACAGAAGUGUGAGAGGAGGGCUUGUUACCUCUCCAUCCCAACGGACGUCCCUCGUUCCCUCUCUUGGUGGGUUCAAGCUCCGCAGUAGGAUGAAAAUCAUCAGGAGGACUUCUACGAGUGGAGGAGGGUCAGAGAGAGGAUCCAGCCCGUCAGCAGUGAAGUUCUCCUCCCGGGCCCGGGUCUACAGCUUAACCAGGUCUCCCACAGGAGUGAGGCGGACACCCUCCAGGGAGCUUGUGUCCUUUGGCAGACACAAGCUGAGGCGUCUAUCCCCCACUUCAUCAAGAACAAGUCUUGCCGCCGCCUCCUCCUCCUGGCACCGAAACCCUUCAGCUCAGCGUGUGUUCAGGACACAAUACAAGAUGGUGACCCGCCCGGGCUCCAGCACCAUCAACACACUUCACUACAACCCUGCGCUUUCGUGGAGAACCAAGAGGAUCCAGUCUGCUAGGAGUUUCCUUCAGAACCGACUGCGAGCUCCACACGACAGACAACCGUCAUCUGCCCAGCGCUGGAGAGGAAGUAGCAUGUGCUGGAUUGGUGGUUCGCUGUACCGCGUGUCAGCCAAUAAGCUGUCCCGCACCGUGGGGUCCAACAUGUCCAUUAACAGAACAGGACGAUCUUUCAGCAGCACUCAGAUCUCACCCACCAUCCCUGCUUACAACAGACCUUUCAGCACUCGUCAUUUGGCCAGCCGCGCCAUCCAGCGGAGCCUCGCCAUCAUCAGACACGCUCGUCUCAAGAGGCCGCAACAGAAGCAGUACUGCAUGUACUACAACCGCUUUGGCAGGUGCAACCGCGGCAACAGCUGCCCCUUCAUCCACGACCCAGACAAGGUGGCUGUCUGCACCAGGUUUCUUCGAGGAACAUGCAAACAGGCAGAUGGGACCUGCCCGUUCUCCCAUAAAGUAGCAAAGGAGAAGAUGCCAGUGUGUUCCUACUUCCUGAAAGGGAUAUGUAACAACAGUGACUGUCCCUACAGUCACGUCUACGUGUCCCGCAAAGCUGAAGUGUGUGAAGACUUUGUCAAAGGCUACUGUCCUGAGGGAGAGAAGUGUAAGAAGAAACACACUCUGGUGUGUCCAGACUUCUCUAAGACGGGAACCUGCACCCGAGGUAAAUCCUGUAAACUUCAGCAUCGCCAACGAGUCAAACGAAGCGCCAGCACCUCCUCCUCGGCCACCAGGAGAGGCCGAACAAGGGAGCCCUCCAAGAGGCCCUGCCUGUCAGUUGUCAUACCGCAGGGCUCUCAGACUGAACCAGAAGAGCUGACAGAGGGUUCUCUUAAGCUUCCCUCCUUCAUCUCCCUGUCCAGCUCUCCUGAGGAGGCAGACACACCUGACACAGUGAGGGCUGAGACCUCACAGGUUAAAGAGAAAAAACUUCAGAUCAAGCCUCGGCUCUGAGACCACACAGAGCAGCACAGAAGGUGGAACACACGUGGUGACUUCUCUUACAGGUGUUUCUGAAUCUCUACCCUUUGAAUUUCUUCACUCAGGGCCUCAAACUUUUCCCCUCUCUAUCUUUACAUAGUGCAACAUAUCAUUUGUGGUGUUUACAGAUUUUCUCAUCGAGUUUUGUAAAUUUUAAAACAAAUAAACCAUCAACUCUCAGGCUG